ACAGACCAGGAUGUUCUUCUCUCCCAGCUCCACAUCGUCUCUGGGGUAAAUCACCAGGCCAGAGGGGGGAUCUGGGGAGAAACAUGGAGGGUAACUGGAGGAACUGGACCAGAUGGAGGAACUGGACCAGAUGGAGGAACUGGUUCAGAUGGAAGAACUGGUUCAGAUGGAGGAACUGGUUCAGAUGGAGGAACUGGUUCAGAUGGAAGAACUGGUUCAGAUGGAGGAACUGGUUCAGAUGGAGGAACUGGACCAGAUGGAGGAACUGGUUCAGAUGGAGGAACUGGUUCAGAUGGAAGAACUGGUUCAGAUGGAGGAACUGGUUCAGAUGGAAGAACUGGACCAGAUGGAGGAACUGGACCAGAUGGAGGAACUGGUUCAGAUGGAGGAACUGGACCAGAUGGUUCAGACCAGAACGUCUGAUGGUGGACCAGUCAAAGUCCACAAUGUUCAGAGGACCAGAGAGAAGCAGAAGAACUGAUGAGCUGAUCUAAUAUAGAUCAGUGAAUGAUAAACUAUGGAGGAGAGAACAGAUCCAAAGUAAACCUGGUGGUUCUGGUCCAGAUGGCAGCAGAACUCAUUUCAUUUAAUUUAAGAUUAAUUAUCUGCUUACAUGUUUCUAGCAGUUCCUCUGGUUUCUCAGCCUGUAACUUUAAUCUGGGAUUAAAUCUGUUUCCACUGCCUGAGCUGAUUCACUAUUGGCUGAUGACACGGCGGCUGCUUUCUGAUUGGUCAGGGGGCGGGGCUAACCUCUAGAAGCUGUCAAAGAUUCUUCUCUUCCAUCAGUAAGGAUGGAGUUAGGGUUUAUUCUGCUUCUAGUCCAGAUUAGACUCUAGUCUGUUUGUCUAGAAAGUCUGAUUCAUUUGAGAAAUGUAAAUACAAAUUUUAAUUUUUAAUUCCAAAACAGACUAAAAAAGUGAACUCUGAUCCACCAAAAAACCCUUUCUGAUAUUUUAUCCUCGAUCCAGCUGAAGUGAUCUCUGAUCUGGUUGAAAGGUAGUGAGAAUAAAAACAAAGCAGCUGAAAAUUUAACUAAUGUUGUAUUUUUGGUUCCCAGUAAAACUGGACUAUUGGGUGUCUGCUGACUGAACAGUUUCCAUAGAAACCAUCAGAACCGGAGCAGAACCAGAUUCAGACAAUCAGCUCUGACUAACAGCACAUCCUGCUUUGCUGUAGUAAAAUUCAACUUGAUUUAAAGCAGAAAUCACAAUAAACUCAAUAUGUCACAGGAACCAGAUGAAAUAUGUUACAGCUUUUAAUUUGAUAAGAAAAUAAAUAUCCAACCACUCAAUAUGAAAUUUAUAAAAUGUUAAAAAGACAAAACUAAAAAAUAACAAUAUUUACUCUGAUAAAUAGAUCAGAAACCAAAAAUCCCUCUAAAAUAAUUAUAGAUUAUAUUUAAAUCACUCAGUUUAUAUCAGCAUAAAAAACCUAAAUAAUUAAAUGUCCAAAAAUGUCAAUUCUUCUUUAAAGAGAAUAAUGUCAGGAAAGGAGUUCCAUAUCCUCACAAAACUAAACAACAAAAAGAUGAGAACAAAUAGUGGUACCACCAAAACGAAAAAUAAAGUCCAGAUCUCACAGGAGCGUCUUCCUGGGUUCAAACUGAUCCGGUUUCUAAAACUUACAAUCUGCGGCGCUGAGAUGAACUUUGAUCAGCGUUUUGUCUUUUCUUAGAUUUUUUACUUGUUUAAAACAUUUGAUCAAGUCAAAUCUCCUGCUGCAGACCAGACGGUGAGCGUCUUCCUCUCUGGUUGCACCGCAGAAAGACAGACAGACAGACGGACGGACGGACGGACAGAAAGACAGACAGACACGCCCCUUUUUAUUCACUAAUUCAACCUAAAACCAGCAUGAUGCUGCCAAGAAUCAGCUUUAAACUGUGAAAUAUCAGAAACUGUUCUACAAAACACUGAUACAUUUACUCUUUAAUGUUUAUGUAUAUUAUGUACAUAACCUGAACUUUAACUCGAGUCGAGCAAAUCUUAAUCUCAUUGUAAUCUGUUGACAAAUAAAUCUUAUCUUAAUUUAUCCAGAACAAAACAAACAUGGUGGUUUUGCUACAAUGUUAAGCUGUUAUAAUGAUCUUCAUCGUCUUUACUGGGAGCCGACAGUUAAUGGAGUUUAGGACAGUUAUUGGUUAUUAAUUAUGUAAAGAUGAAAACUAUAAAUUCCUGUUUUAUUUCUAAUGAUUUUUUAGAGUUUAACUGAAUAUUUCAGUUAUUUAUUCUCAGUUUCUUUGGUUUCUGGUUUAUAUUUGAAGGUUUUGUAAAUAAAUUCUUGAACUUUACAAACUUAUUGAUAAUCAGAAGGAAUAAAGUUAAUAAAAUGAAAAGUUUUACUUGUAUUAAUUAUUUAAUGAAUCAGAUGAAGAGCGAGAUAUUAAUAUUAAUUAUUUCACAAGAAAUAAAAUGUUUAAUAGAACUGAAAUAUAAUAUCUGAUUAUAAUAUCAGAUUUUAUAUAUUAAUAAAGCUCUGCAUGUUAUUAAUGUUUAAUAAACAGUUAAUAGAGUUAUAAUAUUAGAUUAAUAUAAACUGUAAUAAACUGGAGCAGCUUUAAUUAACAUCAUUUCUCUGAUUUUAGUCAACAUGAUUUUUCCUCACAGAUUGGAUUUAAUUUAUUAAAAUAUUAUUUAUUAAUAAUUAUCAGUUUAUUACAAAAUAAUCAGUUGAUCAAAGAUGAAAAUAAAUCAGUUUAAAUGA